UCGCUGAGCAGAAUAUCACUCACGAUUACGCCGUCGAGCAGGCAACAACAAGCCGAAUACAAAAUUUUUCAAAAAUUUUCAAAACUACGUAACCUACUCUACCAAAACACAAAAAUGGAAUACACCACCAAGACCCAGAUCUACCAGAAGGUGAAGAAGCCAAUGCUGGAACGCCAGCGACGUGCCCGCAUGAACAAGUGCCUGGACAACCUGAAAACACUUGUCGCCGAGCUGCGAGGUGAUGAUGGCAUCCUGCGCAUGGACAAGGCCGAGAUGCUCGAGUCAGCUGUGAUCUUCAUGCGCCAGCAAAAGACAACAAAGAAGGUGGCCCGGGAAGAGCAAUCCCUCCCCCUGGACAGCUUCAAGAAUGGCUACAUGAAUGCCGUCAACGAGGUGUCACGUGUCAUGGCCUCCACACCUGGCAUGAGCGUCGACCUGGGCAAAUCGGUGAUGACUCACCUGGGACGCGUCUACAAGAACCUGCAGCAGUUCCACGAAGCACAGUCCGCCACCGACUUCCUCCAGAACUCAAUGGACUGCUCCUCAAUGGACAAGGCUCCGCUCAGCCCCGCCUCCUCCGGAUAUCACAGCGACUGCGACAGCCCCGCCCCCUCGCCACAGCCCAUGCAGCAGCCCUUGUGGCGCCCCUGGUAAAAAAAAUAGGGGUUAAGUGGCAAGAAGGUGAAGGGGAAGUGGGAAUGGGAGAACCAACCAACAACGCAUCUGUGAUAGCCCAACUGUGAUGGCAACAAAA